UGCAUCAGUCAGCUGUUUUUCGUUAGGCGCGCAAACUGUGCGGCGUGCGUUUUUGUUGUUGUUUUGUAUUAACUGUUUUUAUGUAGUUAAUUUUGCCGGAAAAUGUUGAACUUAAACUGCGUUAUAUGCGCCGAAUUGUUUGGACAGGCCGACGAAGUCUUUGCCACUGUUUGCGGGCAUAUGUUCCACCACAGUUGCCUCAAUCAGUGGCUCGAUAGAUCGAAAACCUGUCCACAGUGCCGCAAUAAGUGUACAACCCGUAACAUAUUUAGGGUCUACUUUAACCUAGCCAACUUAGAUGUUAGCCGUAUUGAUGUGGGUUCACUUCAGGAGCAACUGGACAACGCGAAGUUGUCCCUGAAAAUGGUUGAAAAGGAGCGCAGCAAGGACGAGCAGGCGUUAAAAAAUCUGAAAGAAAUACAAAAGAAAUGCCUAAAAACGGUAGCUGGCCUGGAGCAGAAAGUUCAGAAGAAAGAUUUUCUCAUCAGCAGCUAUGCAGAACAGAUUAGCGUUCUAAAGAACGAUGUAAAUGUCGUGGAUGCGUUGCGCAAGGAGAACAAAUCCCUGAAAGCGCAGAUCCAGGGCAUGGAGGGAGUUUCGGCCAUUCUGGCGGCUGGCUCGGCGGAUGCCGAGCGCCUGCUCAAGAACGAGUCCGAUCCUCAUGUACUGGCCAAUUGGGUGUCGACGCUUAAGCGGGAGCUACGUCAGUGCGAAAGCAAGAAAACAGAGCUCCGAAAUGUGGUAAAACUGGUGCAGAACGAUCUGCGUAAGGAGAUCGAACUGAAACGCAAGCUAGAGGAGCGUGUUUCCCACCUUGAGAGCGAUCUUUACCAGGCACAAGAGAAGCUUCAAGGCUUAGAAAGUAAGACCAUCAAUUUGGACUCUCCCAACGGAUCGUAUGGUCUUAAUAGCAACAUAUUAGCUCUUAAACGAGAGGAAAGGCGUACCACCAUAUCACCUACAAUAAAAGAAAAUAUCAAGCGCAUUGAAGAGUCCACCUCUCCGUACCUUAACAUCAAAUCCAGCAGCGUUGGCUUGGCGCAUCUUCUUAAUACCAAGGGUAACAUAGGACUGGCCAAGUCAAAAAUAUCACCCAUAAAGGGAGUUGGCGGUGUGAGUAUGACCAGCGGAACAAUACGUAAAACCAGUAGUGAUCUCAGUGAAAAGUACUCAAUCUUUAAAAAGCCGCGCUUGCUGCUGGGCAGUUCGAGCAGCACUGGCUUAGCGGCCACCACGGGUUCAAACUUUGUAUUCAAUGGAAUGGGCGGCUCUGAGAAGGUCGAUCCCUUCGCACAGCGCGCCGAAGAAGAUGGUUUGACCGGAAGCAAACCACCAGUAGCCCUUUCCCGCAAUCUCAACCAGCGCCUUAAAUCCGGUUCCUUGCGCAACUUUAACCUGGGCAAAUAAGUCCACACUCAUGUGAUUAUAAGAGACUUCCCAUAUGGGUAUUAGCGUGCUAUUGCUAUUGAGAAUUGCCGAUUUUGUUAGAUAGCCAAUGCAUGAAUUAGGCACUAGUAAUAAGUUAGCAGUAAAUAUAUAAAAAUACAAAAGGCAAA